GUUGGAAUGUAAAUACAAGCUGGGCCAAACCUGCUAUUAAUUUAAAGAGUACAGUCACAGUCAGGUGGGUGCUGCCUUGGAAGAUGCGUUUGCUUUUAUGGGAUUAAUUUAUCAAAUAGUGUGGUCUUGUUGUUUAACAAAUAUUGUGUUCACACGGUGUAAGUUUCCGUUGUCAAAUCAUUUGAAUUUUGUGGAACUUUGAGUUGAUAACAAAUCAUAGCCAAUUGAUUCUUCUUCACUGAAAUCUCUCUCCAUCUUCGGUUCUCUUCUCACAAUCAUUCAGAAACCACUCAAAAAUUCCUUCUCUCACAAACCUCUCUGAACCCAUAUCCUUCAGAUUUCUUCAGUUUGUACCUUACUUGCCCUGCUACUUUCGCUCUUUUACUUCCUUUAUUUCAAAUUAUAUUUUUGCCUAUUUCCGGUUCUCUUUAUUUUUGAAAAAAAAAAUCCGUUUCAAUAUUUCUCAUUUCUUAAAAAGAAAAAAAAAAUCUUUGCAAUCUGUUAUUUCUCGUUUACUAGAAAUUUUUUUCUUUUUACAUUUCUCUUUUUUAUUAUUAAUUUCGACAAUUGUGUUUACUCUUGUUCUGUGAUUUUUUUUCAUUUGCUGUACUUCUCAUCUGUUUUUCAAACUUAAAAAAAAAAAAAUUUUUUAAAAUGGUUGAUGUUGCCGGAAGUAUUGGGGGUGUGUUGAGUCCUGUCCUUGAAGUUGGCAAGUGGUUGGCUGUUCCAAUUUGUCGUCAAUUCAAGUACUUGUACAACUACAGCACCAAUUUCAAAAAUCUGGAAAAGAAAGUUAAGGAGAUGACGAAUACAAGAGACGAAGUUCAGCGUAAGGUUACUGUUGCUGAAAGAAACGUGGAAGAGAUCACCCCGAAAGUUAAGGAUUGGCUGAAGGAUGUGGAGAAGACAAUUACAGAAUCAGAGCAGUUGAUUCAAGAGAAAGCAAACAACCCUCGAUGUUUUAAGGGAUUGUGGUCCAAAUACAAACAAAGCAAGAAAGCUUUCAAAUUAAUCCGCGAUGAUAUUGAUCCACUCCUCCAAAAAGAAGAGAAAGAAGAGAAAUUCGAUAAAAUUUCCUUUGCUACUAUUCCAGAAGAUAUCCGGCUUGUACCUAGUGAAGAUUAUUUGGUACUCGAAUCAAGAACCUCCAUUAUGAAGAACGUAUGGGAUGCAUUAAAAGAUGAGAAUGUGUACAUGAUUGGUGUUUAUGGGAUGGCUGGUACUGGGAAGACCACUCUUGUGCAGAAAGUUGGUGGGGAAGCGAAGAAGGAUGAAUUAUUUGAGGACGUUGUUUUUGUUGAGGUUACACAAAAUUUGGAUACAGAAAAAGUUCAAACAGAAAUUGCCAACAAGUUACGCGUAGAAUUCAGUAACGAGACUGAAAGAGCAAAUAAGUUAUAUGAGAGAUUGAGGAGCAGUAAGAAGAUCCUUCUAAUUUUAGACAAUAUUUGGGAAGAUGUUGAUCUCAAGACUAUCGGUAUUCCUUAUAAAGCCGAUCGUGGAGGAUGUAAACUCUUGUUCACAGCAAGAGACUUAGAUGUAUUGGAGAAGAUGCGUUCUAUAAAUAAUUUCAAGAUGGACAUUUUAGCAGAAAAAGAAGCUUGGGACCUAUUUGCCAAUGUGGCAGGUGACGUUAUUCAAACAAGUGAACUGAAUUCUCUAGCAAAUGAUGUAUGCAAGCAAUGCAAAGGGUUGCCUGUCGUUAUUUGUGCUAUAGCUAAGGCAUUAAGAACCAAGACUCAUCCAUCUGAGUGGAAAGUAGCCUUAAAAGAAUUGAAAGCUCCUUUGCCAUCCAAGUUUGAAGGAUUCCUAGAAAAGGAAUACAUGAAAAUAGCCUUAAGUUACGAGUAUUUAAGAAAUGAUGAACUUAAGAAAACAUUUUUAAUUUGUAGUCUAAUGGAAAAUAAUGCUUCCAUUUCAGACUUGUUCAUACAUGUUGUGUGUCUUGAUAUACUUAAAGGAGUUAACUUGACAAUGGAAGAUGCACGUGAUCGACUGGAUAAAUUGGUCCGUGACCUCAAAGAUGCUAGUUUGUUACUUGGCCAGGUUACAAGCAAAUAUUUUGCUGUGCAUGAUGUUAUCCGUGAUGUUGCUAUCAUAAUAGCAUAUGUUGAUCAUCAUGUAUUUACAACAAAAAAUGACAUUGAACGACAUUGGAAGAAUAGAGAUAAACUCAGGAAAUCCACAAGAAUCUCCCUCCCUGGUGAUAGUAAUAUUAUUGAUCGACUUUGGCCUGAUGAUUUGGAUUGUCCAGCUCUUGAAUAUUUCUAUAUGCCAAACUCUCGUUUCAAUUUCCCAAAUGACUUCUUCAAGGUGAUGCCGAUGCUCAAAGUUUUAAAUUUAGCUGGAUUGCACCAAUCGUCAUUGGUGCCAUCCAUUUGUAAUUUGAAAAAACUUCAAACACUAUGUUUAGAUUUCAACAUAAUUGAAGAUGUUGCUAUUAUCGGGGAGUUAAAGAAACUGAAAGUCCUUAGCUUGAAAUAUUCAAUUAUUAAGGAGUUGCCUAUAGAAAUAGCUCAGUUGACUGAAUUGAGGUUAUUAGAUUUAAGCUAUUGUGGACAGUUGCGUGUUAUUGUGCCAAAUGUGAUAUCAGAAUUAUUGCAAUUGGAAGAAUUUCAUACAAAGGGAUGCCCUAUUGAAUGGAAGGUUGAAGUACUCAUGGAAUUAAAGCGCUUGUCCAAUCUCACAAGUGUAGAAUUGGAUGUCAGAGGUAACAUGGUGCUACCUGAAAGUUUUUUUGCCAAAGAGCCUAGAAGGUACAAAAUAUCAAUAGGAAAUUAUUGGGAGCCUAGAAAGAGCUUAUUUCUAGAAUAUGGCGAACAUGAGAAGAUGUUGGAAGUUACAAUUAAUUCUAUCAAGUUUCUAGAAGAAUUUAAUGUAUUCAAGAAUGCUGAAGUCUUAGGGUUGGUUGAAGUUUCAGAAGAUGAGAAUUAUGUUGAGGAUUCAAAAUUUGAUUUGCAGUCCAGUGAAAUCAUGCCAUUAUUUAAUGAAAAGCCAUUAUUUAAUGAAAAGGUUAAUUUUACCAAAUUUAGAACAUUGGUAUUGUACAAUAUUAGUUUGGGAAGGAUUUGGGACAGCCAAAUUUCAACUUUCUCUCAAAAUUUGAAACAAUUGAAGUUGGAAAGAUGUGGAAAGAUGACAUAUGUGUUUCCAUUUUCUAUAGCCAAAAGCCUCAAACAACUUCAAAGCCUAAAGAUAAAAUCUUGUGAGGUUUUAAAGAAUAUUGUUGAAGAAGAAGAAGGAGCAGAAGUUGUUGUUAAUUCUAUUUUUCCACAGGUAACCGAAUUGGUGCUCAAAACUCUACCAAAACUUACAAUUUUAUAUCCAGGAAUACAUGCUUCAGAAUUCUCAAUGUUCAAAAAGUUGGUGAUAAAAAAAUGUGGAAAUUUGCCUUCAAGAUAUUUGGGCUUGCAAGAUGAUAACAAGAAGGGUGCACUUCCAAUAUCAGAGAAUAAGAUCAACCACAAUUUGGAGGAUUUUGAAUUGACGAAUGGUGCGAGAAACAUUACUUGGCGCGGUGAAAUUAAAUCUCUUGAAAUCAAGUUUGAUUACUCAGCAUAUAUUCCACUUGGACUCCUCCAAAUAUUUCAAAGUGUGAAAAAGCUUACACUAUUUGUGUGUAAAUACAAAGAAAUUAAGAGUGUAUCUAAUCUUCCAAAUCUUGAAGAUCUAAGUGUUAAGUAUUGUGCGAUGAUGAGUCUACUGCCAUCUUCAGCUUCCUUACAGAAUCUUAAAGUUCUCCGUGUCAGCUGUGCAAAUGCAUUACUUACCUUAAUAACGCCUUCAAUAGCUAAAAGUUUGAUGCAGUUAAGAGAAUUGAGCAUAUUUGAAUGUGAAAUGCUGCUUGCAAUAAUAGAGAAUGAGGGAGAUACAACAACAAGUAGCGAAAUUGUUUUUGACAAUUUGAAGUUGUUGUCACUUACAAAGUUAGAAAGUCUCGAAUGUUUUUGCUUUGGGAAUUACUCUUUUAAUUUUUCAUCACUAGAAAUAUUAAUUAUAAAAGAAUGUCCUAAUUUGAAGACUUUUUCUCGAGCAAUGAUAAACACUCCAAAGUUGCACAGUGUCAAUUGGAAGGAAAUAGGGAAUGAGGGGAAUGCUCUUAAUAAAAUCGUACGUGGAUUGUGCAAAAAUAAAGAUGAGGAAAUCUCAGUUGAUCUCAAGUACAAGGCAUUCCAAAAUGAUAUUUCUAUAGAAAUUUGCUACGAUCAACAUCCAACUUCCUUCUAUCAAAACUUGACACAGUUGAUCUUUUGGAAUUGUGGAAAUAUAAAAUUUGUAUUUCCACCUACCAUUGCCAGAACUCUCCACCAACUCCAACAACUAAAGAUAGGGGAUUGUAUGGCUUUAGAAGAGAUUGUCGCAAAAGAAGGAGCAAAUGUUGUGGUCAAUUUUGUCUUUCCAAAUGUAACCAUAUUGAAGCUGAAGAAUCUACCAAAUCUUACAACUUUCUAUCCUGAAAUACAUACUUUAGAAUUGCCAAAGUUAAAGGAGUUGGUGGUGAGAAAUUGUGACAAAUGUCUGAGCUUCAAAAGCAGCAUUGAGGAGAGUGAAAUUGAUAGUUUAGAUCUAAAAGCUAUCUCCUUGAAUGAUAAGAUCAACUCCCAUUUGGAGGUAUUUGAAUUACAGAAUGGUUCAGCAAAAAUUACUUGGCAAAAGCAAUCUAAAUCUCUUUUUAUCUCUAAAGUUAGGUCAGCAUAUAUUUCACUUGGACUCUUUCAGAGACUUCACAAUCUGAAAAGGCUUCUACUAAAUUACUGUAAUUACAAAGAAAUUAAGAGUCUAUCAGAUCUUCCAAGUCUUGAAGUUCUACAUGUAUCUUACUGUGAAAAGUUGUUGAGUCCACUGCCAUCUACACCUUCUUUUCAGAAUCUUAAAGUUCUUCAGGUAAAAUCGUGCUAUUGGCUCUUUAACUUAAUGACACCUUCAAUGGCUAGAAACUUGGUACAAUUGAGAGAAUUGAGCAUAUCAUGGUGUAACAGGCUAUUUGAAAUAGUAGAAAAUGAGAGAGAUGCAACAUUGAGUAGUGAACAAGUUGUUUUUAACAAUUUGAACAAAUUGUCACUUGAAUAUUUAACAUUUCUCUCGUUCUUUUGCUCUGGGAAUUACUCUUUCAAUUUCCCAUCUUUGAAAGAGUUAAUUAUAAAAGGAUGUUCCAAUAUGAGGUCUUUUUCUCAAGGAAUGGUAAGCACACCAAUGUUACACAAAAUCAAUUAUGGGGAAAAGGAGAUAGAAAAUGGAGGGAAUGACUUGAAUUCAACCAUACAGCAAGUACACAAAGUAAAGGUUGACUCCAAUAUAAAGACAUUGGAAUUAAAUGGAAGGGAUAUCAUGAUGAUUUGGCAAGGAGAGUUUCAAAAGAACUUUUGUGAAAUCGAAACUCUUGAAUUGAUUAUGGAUGAGUAUACACAUAUUCUGAUUCAAAUCCUUCAGAAAUUUGUCAAUCUUGAAAACCUUAUAUUGAAAGUGAGUUCAUACGAAGAACUAUUCUCGUUUGGAGAAGGUGAAGAGGACAUUAGAGUAAUCACAAACUUAAAACAAUUAGCAUUGUGGGGGCUUUUUAAUUUAAAGUGCAUUUCAAAGCAAGACUCUCGACUAAACUCAAUUCUUCAAAAUCUUCAUUCUUUAGACAUAAACUAUUGUCACAAUUUGACUACUUUAUUGCUGCCUUCACAAUCUUUUGAAAAUCUAAGGACUUUGAGGGUAUAUCAUUGUAAUAAAAUGCAAAACUUAAUGACAUCAUCAACAGUCAAAAGUCUAGUGUGUCUUGAAAGUUUAUCAAUACAAGAAUGUGAAAUGAUGGUAGAAGUAUUAGCAACUGAGGGAGAUAUAGAGAAUAGUGAAAUUGUUUUUAAGAAAUUGAAGGACUUGCACUUGAGUGGUAUAGAAAGUCUCACACACUUUUACUAUGGGAAUUACACCUUAAAAUUCCCAUUCUUGGAAGGUUUACAUGUGCGUGGAUGCUCUAAAAUGAAAACUUUCUCUAGAGGUGGCUUACGCAUGCCAAGGUUACUACGGGUGAACUGGAACGACUGUUUAAGUGACCGAAAUUCAGUUAUACAACAAUUACAAAAUGAUUGUGCAAGGUUAUGCGAAAGGUUCCCAUUAUAGCAAACUGCAAAGUCACAUGCAAAACAGAGUUUUUGCAACCCAAAAGGAUUCUUGUGACGUGGGAUGUUCAUAUAUCAGCAGUAUCUCUCGUGUUUUGUCAAUGCGGAAUUCCCCUAUGAUGUUACACAUUGGUAUAACUUUAUGUGGAUAUUCGAAGAUGUUGCUUUUGAUAAUUUCUCUGCUCCCAAUAUUCUAUCCGUUCGUUAUCUCUGCACCUAAAUCACCGAUGUGGGAAAUAUGCUUUGUAGCAAUCUUUUCUUUGACUUGGAUAUAUCUUUCCACAGGCGUUUGUUAAGAAGAGAACGCUGAAAUGUGUUGCAGAUUACAUUGUUGAUGUAGCUUGUAAACCGGCUGGACUCAGUCACAACUAUGGAGCCAUAUUUAUCGUGUAAACUGUCUUGCUAAUUCUCAAAGUAUAUUCACUUCCACGUUUGAUUCUGAAGUUUCUAGUCUCAAAUCCAUGUUUCCUGCCUGUUUCCAUCUUCUGGUGUGUUUUCAGCCUUUUCUCUCUAAUUCCCUAGAGGUCUCUGGCUCUCUGUGGUUCUCCUUUGCAUCGGCCUAGCUUCUUCCCGUGAGUUCUUGGGUCCUGUGGAGGCACCGUUCUGCUGCUGGUCUGUUUUGGCUUGGGUUGGCUCUCUGCAGCUGCUUUGGUGCUGAAAUCCUCUCCUGUUCUCUUGCCUUUCUCCUUCUGUGGAGUUGCCGAUUCCUGCAUCCCUCUCCCCUGUUUCUCCCCUGCAUUGGGGUUCAUUGGGUUUGUUGGGGCUUUUGCUGCCUUACUGCUGCCGAAUUUGAGUUCUUGGCUGCCGGUUCUGCUGGGACCUUCCUACGUUUGAUGGUUGCUGCUUUCUUAAUCCUUUCUCUCCCAGCAUCUUUACUUGUCUCUCCUGGAGCGUUCCAGCAGUGUUUUUGCGCGGGUGGCUCUUGGUUGUGGUUCCAGUAAGUUGUUUCUUAGUGAAAUGGUUGCACAUUGGUCCAUUUCUGUCCUUGCUCCUGGUUCCUGGGAUGCUGCAUGCUGUAUCAGGUGUGUGCCGGUUGACGCUUCAUACUGUUGGCUGGGUUCAUGGUUAUUUUAAUUUCAGUUGGUCGUCUCAAGUACGCUUUCUGUUCUUAAGUGGUUUGUUGUUGGUUUGCAAUUUAGUGAGAGUUUUAGCCAUUCCUACAAUCAACAAAUUUUUUUUUUCAUAGAAUCUAAGUAUUUUUAGAAAGAAAAGAUCCUAACAAUAUGUUUCUUUAACGUUAUGAAAUUAGACCUUUUCAUCCAGUUUUGGAAAUUUGAAAUUUGUGUUUCUUUAACAUGUUGGAGAUUUUAUCCACAAAUCCAUCUAGUUUUAAAAUGAAGUAUGGUAAUUUGGAGAUUUUUAUGAUGAUUUCCUCAUUUAAUUAAGGUUGUUGAUGAAUUUUAGGCCAUAUAUAUUACAAUUCUUGUAAGUUAGUUAAAUCUUAA